GCUUAUUCUUAGCCCGAGAAAUAAGUUUCUCCUGUAAGGCAAAACGCAGGAAACAAAAACCAACGCAUAACUCCCAACGACCUCCCACCCCACACCCGCCAAAUUCCAAAGCUAAUGUUAUGGAACAGCGUCGACGACGCGCUGUGUUCUUUCUUUCUUUGUCUCAACUGGUGAACUGUUAUUACCAGCUAAUGUUUACACUUUUUAUCGAACGGAACAGCUUCGGUUUUAUACGAGCAGCUUCACGAAAUGGCGAUGUGGAGCGACAUUGAACUUCUUACCAACGAGGAUUCCAGCACGGUGCGUUUCGAUGGAGUGUCAAAGGAGGGACAUGGUAGCUGUUUGUACCAAGUGGACACACUGGUUAAAAUAUCUGCCAGCCAGGUGCAGGCAGAUCCCCAGCUGUCAUCCUUCAAUGGUUCAAACUGGGGUAUUGUUGUUGUUGACAAGACAGUGAUCAUGUUUGAUCAGAGCUACCAGACCAUCCUGCUGCUCCUCCACUUUGAAACCGAUGUGGAUGCCAUUGAUAUUUGCCUCGAAGGACAGUUUUUGGUGGUCUGUGAAAGAAACGGAAACCUUCAUUUGAUUUAUGUCCCACACAAGAGAAUCCUCCUCACCAGGGCUUUGGUUGACAAACCUUCCAGUGAAAACAAGAAAACCUAUCGCUAUGUGGCCAUAAAGGAGGACGAGUCAUCCUCUGGAAUGUUUCAUGUGUUCCUCCUUAUAAAAAAUGGAUUUUUCCACAUUUCAAAUUUUGCUUUGGCAAAGAUCGAGACAGCAAUUGAAAAAAUGGACGAUGGGGCUUUGAAAGAACUCCAGAGUCUCAUCAAGGUAGACCUCACCUCCACAGAGGAGUACCAUGACGAGGGUAACAGCACAGCCGUGAUGUUUAAUCUUGGCCAUGAACUCCACCUCAUGAUUGGGGGGGGCAAAGAAAAUGUUGUGACUCACUGGAAGAUGGAUCCACUUCAGGCCAAGAUGUGCUUUGCUCAGUCCAUCGACAACAGCUUAAUCCCUGGUGUGAAAAAGAUGAUGGUGAUGGAAAACCUGUUGUAUAUUCUUGACUCUGAGGACAAUCUGAGUCUUUGGGACAUCCACCUUCUUAUAAUGAUUCAUUGUUGGCCAGAUCUUCCCAUUUAUGACUUUGAACUCACCACAGAGUGCGACUCUGCCUCCAUGAUAGUUCAAGAAAAGGGGGGCAUGAAGAUGAUCAUGCUGACAAAGCAAGGAAACAGUCAGAUCCGCUCAUUUGAAAUAAGAUGUCUUCCCUCCAUGAGUGUUUGUUUCUCUCUGGAUGUCUCCUCGGUCUCCUGUCUCGUCCAGAUGAAAACAAACAUGGACACAAUGUAUUUGGUUGAGGGGAUGUGUGUGAACCCAGAAAGUCGAGGGGAGCCUGUAGCUUCUGUUCUCAUCAGAUGUUUCACAGAGGCUUUGCCAGAGAACAGAUUUAGCAGACUUCUUCACAGACACAUGUUUGAAGAGGCAGAAAAAUUUGCCAUCACGUUUGAGCUUGAUGUAGAGCUCGUCUACAAAGUGAAGCUCGAUUUUGUGCUGGAGCAGCUGGCCUCUGCAUCAGUGGGUGGAUAUGGACAGGAGGUGUGGUCUGAACUUGUAGAUGAGGCUAAGACCAACCUGAUGAAAAUCACAGAUGAGCACUAUGUGGUGGAAUAUUGCCUGAAGGCCCCGUGGCCGACCUUUGAGACCGCAGAGAAGAUGUUAAACCACGCUGCCUCGCGAUACUCCUCCUUACAGAUACAAGAGGCCUUAGCCAGGCUGGCGACCUUCUGCAACCUACACGGCUUAGAAAAUUUCAAUGGAAUUGCCUGGAUCGAGUUUUUGAACAGCACCGACAAUCUAGGAGAUGUUUUGACUCAUUUAAGAGAUGGGGACAUGAAGGGUGCACAGUUCAUUUGGCUCAGAUGUGAGGGGCAGAUUGCUGAAGAGUUUAAUGAGAAGAGUCUGGAUGCGGUCCUCAGCGCCAUUCCAGAAGACCUGCCUUCCAAAGACCUCUGUCCCUGGUUCAGGACCGUUUUUGUUCCUUUUGUUAGGAGAGUCCUCCCAAAAGGACAGAGAAUCCUGGCUAAGUGGAUUGAGCAAAAGGCAAGGAAUCUGGAGUUAACUGAGAAGGGAUCUUGGCCUCAGAAUGGACUGGACCUGGCGGUGCUUGGACUUCCGUCUCUGUGGGCCUGGAUGAAAUCUGAUUUUAAUGAUGGUGCUGAGGAGCUGGAGAACCUCAAGUCCCUCGUGUCAAACCUCCAACAGCUUCUGGAGCUCCACCAGAAGUAUAACUGCAGACUUUCACUUUCAGUAUUCGAGAAGAAGAGAAGUGUGUGGAGCGUGGCGUUCUUCAUGCUGGACAAAGUUGCUGCUCCAGAGCUGAUCGCCACCACGGUGGAAAACGCCAUCUUGCCGUACGCCGAGGAGCACAAGAUUCCUGUCAAUGAGUUGCUGCUGCAGUACAUCAAGGAUCUGCUGGAGCACUGCAGCUCUCAGACAUCAACACUUUUCACAGAAUGGGAAGCCAAAGCAGUGGCUGUUCUCUGCUGCUUGACUGACACAGAUCUGAUGGUGGAUGCUGUGCUGGAGCUCAUGGAGAAAGCUGUGGUACCCUGGAGCAAUGUGGUAGAAACGCUCGUACAUCAGUACCUAGAGAUGGACGGACCGAAACAAGAGCUCCUGAAGGAGAGCUACCGUAUGAUGGAGAUUAGGAAACUUCUCCGAGGCUACGGCAUUCGCAGUCUCAACCUCUCUGACAACACUAAAGUCAUGACACUGAUACGAUGCAUCCUGAAAAAAAACUUACCGACGUCUUUGGAGGACGCUCUGACCUUAGCGGAAGCAUAUAAACUCCCAACAAUGCAGAUUCAUUUUCUUUACCUCAUUCAGCUGAUAGGCCAAAGCAAGACUGAGGAGGUGCUGACUCUCCUGAAGAGUCUGUCACCAUCAGAGGCUGCGUGUGUGAUCGAACGUCUCACCUCGUGGGCUCGGCUGCAGCUGGAGGAUAAACGCCACAUUUCUGAGCAGCACCAGAAACAGCAGAUGGUUGUAGCUCAGGUGAUGGUGGAGGCUCUUAAAUAUCUGCAUAUCAUCGUGAAAAAUGAUGCUCUUAUAAGCAUGCAAUGUGAGAAUGAUCUCAUCAUGUUCCAAGCGAUCGCCCACCUGCAGGAGGAUUUUGAUGUUUUCUUCACCCCCUCCAACUACGAGGAUCCAAAUAUCCGAAAACAAAUCCAGGAGCAUCACAUCACAGCUUAUGAAAACACUCGAGCCCGACAUUUGUCUAAAACGAAGGCGUUGACAACACCGGUCAUGGCCAACGACCCCGAUGGCAAGACCAAGAUGAUCUCAGCAGAAGCUGGUUUACGUCGUCUGGGACGGCAGCUGCAGCGCUCUGAACAGGAGCUGUGGUCCGAUUUGGGCCUGAGAGCUCUGAGAGUCGGGAAAGUGGACAAGGCCCUGAAGAUCUUUAGUGAGCUUUAUGAGCACCACUAUAACAGCAGUACAGGGAAGGUUUUGUUCAGUGCUGCUAAGACAUUAUGCCAGAUGUUGGAAGCAGAUGUUCCCAUGGUGCUUCCUGAAGGCAUGGACUUGCCGGCAGUCAUCCAUGAACUGGCUUGUCAGGCCAUCACUUUGUGUCACUCAGAUCUGCUGCUGGAUUGCUUGGAGCUUUGCAAAUGCACACGAGUAGCAAUGGAUGUUUAUCAUCAGUGUCAGCUAUCAGAUGACUAUGGGUUCAUAUCCAAGGAUUUGAGCUUGGAGGCUUCACAGUGGACCUUUCAGGAUGUUUUUAAUGAGGAUUGCAUUGUGCUGGAUCCAGUGUCUGUGCUCCCUGUUCAGUAUAAAAUUACCAACUGCCUGCUGCCAGUUUCCCAAGAUUCUAAACUGUUUCCACUGGACUGCUCCUGUCUGUCACAUUGCUCUUUUGAAGAUGGUUCAAACUACAUGCGGCCCCUCCUCGGUCCCCUCACCAACAUGUUGCAGAUGCUGCAAGAGUGCAGUCAGCUGGAGUUGGCCCUCAGAGUUCUGGUCAACCUGUACUGCAGCUGUCUGCAGCACGUCACCUCUAAUGUGAUGGACGUGAAGCUCAGCAUGCAGCUUCAUGAUGCACAAGAGCUUAAGAAAUACAACGUGUGUCUGAAUGAUUUCCGAAAAAUUACAACGUCCUCUCUGAAUGUCGUGGCCUUGGGCCUUUUGAACAAGGUGUUUAACUGGAGAGUGGUCGACUGUGAUCUGGCCAUCGGUCUUUGUACACUCCUCUCUAAAGCAGAAGUCUUCAAAUUACUCUGGAAAGUUAUCGACAACACUUGGCAAAACUACGACAAAAUCUUGGCCGUGGCAAGGAUUGGCGCCAAUCUGAGCAGUUUGUACAACAAACCAGAGGAACAUGAGAAGUUUCUCUCGGUGAUCACUGAUGCAGAGUGGGGGGUCAAGCUCAGCAAAUUAGAGAUAUCGAUCCAGUCGGUGUUCCGGCAGUGUUCUGAGAGGAAGAGCAGUCUGAUCCCUGAAAUGGUGAAGAACAGAAAGAUCACACCAGAUAUUAUCCUCCAGUAUUGCAGUACCUUUGGUUUAAAUCGUGACCACAUGAUCAACCGCUACAUAACAACCUUGCUGCUGCUCCAAGAGGAUGAAGACAGCGAGGGUGUCAUCAGCUCAGGUCAGGGACAGCUGCAGUCUCCAUGCAGUGCUGACGCUCUGGAGCGAGGCUUGCAGAUCAUCCCGAUGUUGCACAGCACCAGCGAGCUCAUAGACAGUCUCUGUGCAGCCAUGUUCAAGCUCAGUCCUUACAACUACGAGAGAAUCGAAGUGGUGCUGAAGAUCAUACAGGCUGCAGACGAGAAUGUGACAGCCAUCUCUGUUAGUCAGGCUAUGGGCCUUCUUCAGCACCUGAAGUCCUACAGGCGCACUUCUCCUCCAUCAGACGUGGAGAACACGUAUCUUCUGGAAAACGGGAUGCUGCCAGACUCCCUGUCCAGCGGGAGACUCCCCUUCCACCUGCUCAUACAGACAAAACAUUACUGGAAGAUUAUCUCUCCCGAGAUGAGUGACGAAACGUUCCCAACUCUACUUCUUAUCAGUAAACUUAUGAAGGUGAGCCUUGAUAAGCUGUACAUGUCGGCAGCAAACCACGUGUUUGAGAGGAAAAUGAAGCCUCUCAUUUUGGAGCAAAGACAGAAGGGUCAAGGUCAUUGCUCCAACAAGGACACUUUUAAAGUGGCCAAGACCAUGAUGAAGUACAUCCAGUGCAUCCAGAGCCCAGAGUGGGCUGCUGCCACAGCCCAUAAGAUAGCCCAGGAGCUUCCAGCAGGCUACGAGAAGACUAAGGCACUGGAGUUCUGUUUGGCUCUUGGGGAUGCUUGGCUUAAAGAUCCAAAUCUAGAGGAGGCUGCACGGGCCCGUGGGGAGACCUUUCUGUCCAAGCUGAAGCUGCAGUUUCAGCGUUCUGCCACUGAAAAUACGUUGAUUAUGAGUCAGCUGGGCAGCCCAGAGCAUCUGAAACUGACCGGGCUACCAGCCAGGCUCAUCGUGGCCCUGUAUGAGCACAGCAGUGUGGAGCAGCGCUUCAGAGAGACCACGGGUCUCGCGUAUCCUGACAUACACGCUGCGGUGAAGGAAAUCGCCUCCAUCAAUAAUGUGGAUCUAGUGAAAAUACGCUGCAUUUUGUUAGAAAAGUGGAUCUGUAAAACGGGUCCAGCUGUGACCAAGGAACUUGGAAAUCAAGACUGUUUCACUGACAUUGAAGAGGAUCCUGAUUUAAUGAGGGUGGUCUACAUACUACAGUCCUGCCCUGUGGAGGAUGCCGUUGAUCUUCUGAAACCUGUUUUAACUGCUGAAACCUGGCCGCUCAGCACGUCAGGUCCUCGACUGACUUUCUGCCAUCGAACUCGAGCGUUGCUUUGUCUCGUCCGCCUCGCAGAUGCAGAAACUCUGGAGGCCCAGUUACAAAUACCGAGGAACAAAUCAGAGUAUUAUCUGAAGUGCUACAUCUUUGUGUCCCAGCUGGAGGUGCUGAACAUUCCUUACACGUUGCAGUCUUUCCUCAGCAGUCCCAAAGAGGGUUUGGUUAAAGGCUUGUGGAAGAACCACAGUCAUGAGCCACAGGCUGUGCAUCUGGUGGCUGACUUGUGUUUGGAGUACCAGGUCUAUGAUCCUCAGCUCUGGAACAGUUUGCUGCAGAAGCUGCUAAGCUUCAACUUGAUCAGCCACCUCCAGAAGGUGCUGGAGGCAAUAGUUGCUGUCCCAGCUUUGUGGGAGAUUUCGAGUUUCUCCAGAACGUGGAGGAGUUUGAUACUGGCACCUUUUGUUUCAGCUUCACUUCCUUUGAGCCCAGAUCAACGAACGACUCUCUACAGAACCUUUGUUCUCCUGCUCAAGUGCCCCAUCCUGCUAAAUUUGGAUUUGAUCGGAAUAGCAAACCGCUUUUCUCAGUUCAAUCUUCCCGCAUUCGCCCUGGGAACGCUGCUCCUCAUCCCGUGUGCCGGUAAAAAGACGCAGCAGGUCCAGGGCUUUCUGUCCAUCUGUAACCCGGUCGCCGUCCUUGAGCAGGUGGAUGAACUUAUGAACACCGGAGAGCUAGCUGGAAUCCCUUCACAGAUCAGACAGACCGUGCUAACGUUCAUCACUCAAAACAGACAGCACCAGAAACUAAUAAAAACAAAACACUUCAACCAUCUGAAGCAGUUUAUUGUGACAAGUGGACAACCUAACCAGGUGAAGGACUUGGUGGACUGCCUCAUCAGCCAGAACUGUCAGGAUGACGCAGACUCACUUACUCAUGAGUAUCUGAAGCACAGAGAGCGUCAACAAGGGAAAAGGCUGAGGAACGGCUCCAUUUCACACAACUGUCUGAAGGAGUUUCUUCAAAUGGAAAAUGAAGUUUCAGAAUAAGACGAUUAUACCCUUCAGUCAAAUUUAUAUAUUCUGUUUUUUUUGUGCCUUAAGCUGAGCUGUAAUAUUUGCGCUAACUUUCAUCUUUUAACUGUUCAUGUAAUUCUUAUUCACUAAAUAAAACAUUUCAAGUUCAA